UCAGUAUGUGGCAGUGGGGGAGCCCCACAAUGGGGUCAGAGAGAGAAGGAAUGGGAGAGAGACGGUGUCAUACUGAGCUCUCUUGAGCAAGAGGAGUCUGCAGCUUGGGCUGGUUAGACUGGAAGUGAUGUACGGGAGAAACAAGGGCAUCACUGAACUGGCCUAAAAGGAACUCUUAAUUUCUGGAUAGACUAAGGAGGGAGGGAGGUGUGUCUCCUGCAAGGCCUUCAAGCCUCACCCCCACUCCCCCCCUCCACCAGUCUCCCCGCCCUGAUCCACCAACUUCCGCCCAAGCCAGCCAGGAUCUGUCACAACUCGAGGUAGAAAUUCUGGUUUCCCUGGCCUGAAACCCACACUGGCUCUGGCAGGAUGGGUGCCUGGAGGGCCGCGCGCCCGUUCCAGCCAGGCUGAGCCCGCUUGCCUUGCCUGGACCCCCUUCUUUGCCUCGGAUGGCACCCUGAUUCAGGGUUUGAACACAGGACUUCUCAGUGUGGCUGGCUCAAGGAACCAUCUGGUGACCGUCUCCAGCUGACCAUGGCCCUACCAUCCCUGGGCCAGGACUCAUGGAGUCUCCUGGGUGUUUUUUUCUUCCAACUCUUCCUGCUGCCAUCACUGCCACCUGCUUCUGGGACUAAUGGUCAGGGGCCCAUGCCCAGAGUCAAAUACCAUGCUGGAGACGGGCACAGGGCCCUCAGCUUCUUCCAACAAAAAGGCCUCCGAGACUUUGACACGCUGCUCCUGAGUGACAAUGGCAACACUCUCUAUGUGGGGGCUCGAGAAGCCAUCCUGGCCUUGAAUAUCCAGAACCCAGGAAUCCCAAGGCUGAGGAACAUGAUACCCUGGCCAGCCAGUGAGAGAAAAAAGACCGAAUGUGCCUUUAAGAAGAAGAGCAAUGAGACACAGUGUUUCAACUUCAUUCGAGUCCUGGUCUCUUACAAUGCCACUCACCUCUAUGCCUGUGGGACCUUUGCCUUCAGCCCUGCCUGUACCUUCAUUGAACUCCAAGAUUCCCUCCUGUUGCCCAUCUUGAUAGACAAGGUCAUGGACGGGAAGGGCCAAAGCCCCUUCGAUCCUGUUCACAAGCACACAGCUGUCUUGGUCGAUGGGAUGCUUUAUUCUGGCACCAUGAACAACUUCCUGGGCAGCGAGCCCAUCCUGAUGCGGACACUGGGAUCCCAGCCUGUUCUCAAGACUGACAUCUUCCUACGCUGGCUGCACGCGGAUGCCUCCUUCGUGGCAGCCAUUCCAUCCACCCAGGUCGUCUAUUUCUUCUUUGAGGAGACAGCCAGCGAGUUUGACUUCUUUGAGGAGCUGUACAUAUCCAGGGUGGCUCAAGUCUGCAAGAACGACGUGGGCGGUGAAAAGCUGCUGCAGAAGAAGUGGACCACCUUCCUCAAAGCCCAGUUGCUCUGCGCUCAGCCAGGGCAGCUGCCAUUCAACAUCAUCCGCCACGCGGUCCUGCUGCCCGCCGAUUCUCCCUCUGUUUCCCGCAUCUACGCAGUCUUUACCUCCCAGUGGCAGGUUGGCGGGACCAGGAGCUCAGCAGUCUGUGCCUUCUCUCUCACGGACAUUGAGCGAGUCUUUAAAGGGAAGUACAAGGAGCUGAACAAGGAGACCUCCCGCUGGACCACUUACCGGGGCUCAGAGGUCAGCCCGAGGCCAGGCAGUUGCUCCAUGGGCCCCUCCUCUGACAAAGCCUUGACCUUCAUGAAGGACCAUUUUCUGAUGGAUGAGCACGUGGUAGGAACACCCCUGCUGGUGAAGUCUGGCGUGGAGUACACACGGCUUGCCGUGGAGUCAGCUCGGGGCCUUGAUGGGAGCAGCCAUGUGGUCAUGUACCUGGGUACCUCCACGGGGUCCCUGCACAAGGCUGUGGUGCCUCAGGACAGCAGCGCUUAUCUCGUGGAGGAGAUCCAGCUGAGCCCUGACUCUGAGCCUGUUCGAAACCUGCAGCUGGCCCCCGCCCAGGGUGCAGUGUUUGCAGGCUUCUCCGGAGGCAUCUGGAGAGUUCCCAGGGCCAAUUGCAGUGUCUAUGAGAGCUGUGUGGACUGUGUGCUUGCCAGGGACCCUCACUGUGCCUGGGACCCUGAAUCAAGACUCUGCAGCCUUCUGUCUGGCUCUACCAAGCCUUGGAAGCAGGACAUGGAACGCGGCAACCCGGAGUGGGUAUGCACCCGUGGCCCCAUGGCCAGGAGCCCCCGGCGUCAGAGCCCCCCUCAACUAAUUAAAGAAGUCCUGACAGUCCCCAACUCCAUCCUGGAGCUGCCCUGCCCCCACCUGUCAGCACUGGCCUCUUACCACUGGAGUCACGGCCGAACCAAAAUCCCAGAAGCCUCUGCUACUGUCUACAAUGGCUCCCUCUUGCUGCUGCCACAGGAUGGCGUUGGGGGCCUCUACCAGUGUGUGGCGACUGAGAACGGCUACUCAUACCCUGUGGUCUCCUAUUGGGUAGACAGCCAGGACCAGCCCCUGGCGCUGGAUCCUGAGCUGGCGGGCGUUCCCCGCGAGCGUGUGCAGGUCCCGCUGACCAGGGUCGGAGGCGGAGCUUCCAUGGCUGCCCAGCGGUCCUAUUGGCCCCAUUUUCUCAUCGUUACCGUCCUCCUGGCUAUCGUGCUCCUGGGAGUGCUCACUCUCCUCCUCGCUUCCCCACUGGGGGCGCUGCGGGCUCGGGGUAAGGUUCAGGGCUGUGGGAUGCUGCCCCCCAGGGAAAAGGCUCCGCUGAGCAGGGACCAGCACCUCCAGCCCUCCAAAGACCACAGGACCUCUGCCAGUGAUGUAGAUGCCGACAACAACCAUCUGGGCGCCGAAGUGGCUUAAACGGGGACACAGAUCCGCAGCUGAGCAGAGCAAGCCACUGGCCUUGUUGACUAUGCCAGGCACAGUGCCACUCUGACCAGGGUAGGAGGCUCUCCUGCUAACGUGUGUCACCUACAGCACCCAGUAGGUCCUCCCCUGUGGGACUCUCUUCUGCAAGCACAUUGGGCUGUCUCCAUACCUGUACUUGUCCUGUGACAGGAAGAGCCAGACAGGUUUCUUUGAUUUUGAUUGACCCCAAGAGCCCUCCUGUAAAAAAUGUGCUCCAGGAGACCAUGAAAGGUGUGGCUGUCUGGGGUUCUGUGGUGACAAACCUAAGCAUCAGAGCAAGCUGGGGCUAUUCCUGCAAACUCCAUCCUGAAAGCUGUCACUCUGGAAGCAGCUGCUGCUUUGAACACCAGCCCACCCUCCUUCCCGGGUCUCCAAGAGUCUCUCUGGAGUUGGCCCCUUGUGUUUCCUUUACCAGUCAUGCCAUACUGUUUGGGAAGUCAUCUCUGAAGUCUAACCACCUUCCUUCUUGCUUCAGUUUGGACAGAUUGUUAUUAUUGUCUCUGCCCUGGCUAGAAUGGGGGGCAUAAUCUGAGCCUUGUUCCCUUGUCCAGUGUGGCUGACCCUUGACCUCUUCCUUCCUCCUCCCUUUGUUUUGGGAUUCAGAAAACUGCUUGUCACAGACAAUUUAUUUUUUAUUAAAAAAUAUAUAAGCUUUAAAGAAA